AUGGCUUCCCACUCGGAGAACACCAACAGCUUCGUUCAGGAGGCGUUCGUCGAGCUAGAGUAUCCCCAGAAGCUCCAGAAGCACCUGCUGGAGGCCUACAGAGAGGUCACCGUGGAGCUCGUGGUGCAGAUGGACAACGGGCAGAUCGAGUCGUUCCGCGGAUUCCGCGUGCAGCACGACAGCUCCCGGGGCCCGUUCAAGGGCGGCCUGAGGUACCACCCCGAGGUGGACAUUGACGACGUGCGUUCGCUGGCGUCUCUGAUGACGUGGAAGACGGCGCUGCUGGACGUGCCGUUCGGCGGGGCGAAGGGCGGGAUCACCUGCAGCCCGAAGGACCUGUCGGAGCGCGAGAUGGAGAAGCUGACGCGGAAGUUCGUUCAGGCGAUGCGCGAGGUGAUCGGUCCGAUGGAGGACAUUCCGGCGCCGGACAUGAACACGGACGCGCGCGUGAUGGCGUGGAUCUUUGACGAGUACUCCAAGUACAAGGGGUUCUCGCCCGGGGUGGUCACGGGGAAGCCCGUGUGGCUGCACGGGUCGCUCGGGCGCGAGUCGGCGACGGGCCGCGGGGUCACGCUGGGGAUCCGCGAGCUGAUGAAGGUCACGGGCGAGAAGGUGGAGGGGCAGAAGGUGGUGGUGCAGGGGUUCGGCAACGUGGGGUCGUGGGCCGCGGACUUCCUGCACCAGAUGGGCGCCAAGGUGAUCGCGGUGUCGGACGCCGAGAGCGCGAUCCACAACGAGGACGGGCUGGACAUCCCCAAGCUGCGGCAGCACGUGGGGCAGGGCAACAUGCUCGCGGCCUACCGCCCCGGGGAGCAGAUCAAGCGCGACGAGCUGUUCUCGAUGCCGUGCGACAUCCUCAUCCCCGCGGCCAUCGGGAACGUCAUCACGAGCGAGAACGCGAGCUCCGUGGCCGCGCGCUACGUGGUCGAGGCGGCCAACGGGCCCGUGUCCUUCGAGGCCGACCACAUCCUGCGCGAGAAGGGCGUGACCGUCCUCCCGGACAUCUACGCGAACGCGGGCGGCGUGACCGUGUCGUUCUUCGAGUGGGUGCAGAACCUGCAGAACUUCAAGUGGACCGAGGAGGAGAUCGUGCGCCAGCUCGACGCCCGCAUGACCGCGUCCUUCCAGGCGCUCUGGAAGAUCCACACCGAGCGCAAGGUGCCCCUGCGGACCGCCGCGUUCAUGAAGGCCCUCAUGCGCGUCACGCGCGCGCAGCUGCACCGUGGCUUCGACUGA